AUGGAUACAGCGACUUGUGGCUCGAACGCCAGCGCUGUUGCGCCUCACGAGAGCACUGGAUCUGACGGACCUGACCUACUGGUCAAUGCCGGAACCGGCGGCCGCAUGAGCGCCAACGACGAAGCAUCACAAUUCACCGUGUUCGGCAAGUUGCCUUACGAGCUUCGAUUGAUGAUCUGGGAGAUGGCAUUGGCCGAGGAGUCUAGCUGCCGCACCGUUCUCUUCGACAUCCUCCCCUCCCUGGGAACCAUCAAAGGCCCCGGGUCGCCCUGGACCAUAUAUCCCACAAAAGAAAUGGCAUCUGCAUUCCUGCGAGUAAACCAGGAGUCUCGAGCCCUCGCACUCAAGCACUACCCCUAUAAGCUUAAUGUCUAUCACUACAACCAGGAUGCAGUUGGGUCGAUGGGAAGCUUGGCAUCGUUCACACACAAAGAUGCCGACAAACGAGGCGCCUUGUACCUGCGAUUCAAGGAUGACGCCUUCGCCAUGGACAUUCCUAUCCUCAUCCGACACCAAACAUAUUCACAAGAUGCUCUAUUGUCAGAUGAGCCGAGUAUACCAAUGUCGUUCGCUGCCUUUCUUCCCCAUGAGGAUCUUUCUCUCGUUCACAAUAUCACACUGUUCACGGGUCGAGCCCGCCGCUUAAUGUUCCAUUUGGCCACCACAAUCUUCAAGGACUUCAAGACGUUCUCCACGCUCAGACGAUGCGCGACCAAGCCGGAGGCGAGCACAUUCAUGAAUGACCCGGGCCGCUUCUGGAGACAUUUGAUAGUAUAUGGAACUCAAGGAACCUUGCUGUCUUGGAAGCGCCGAGGCUAUGUUUACUGUUCUGAAGAGCGGAAGCCGGGCGAUGCGUUUAUAUGA